ACAAGGUUGCUGCAGUAUUUUUGAUAAAAACUUGGGCCCCAGGUGUCAGUGACCCUAUGGAAGUAGAACACGUCAAUUUUCCAGUCACCGCCACACAUGGGCCCACAUGGCUGGGUGGGAGAAACAGCCUAUAAAAAGCGCUCACCAGGCAGGCCAGCUAGGCAGAGGGCAGAAAUUUCAAAUUUGCAGCGCCUCCUCCUCUCUCACCGGCGAUCACCACCGCCACCGCCUCCUCAUCCUCUCUGGAGACCCUCUACGGGAGAAGGCGAUGAAGCUUAAGAUCAACAAGGCUUGCGACCUUGGCUCCAUCUCCGUCCUCCCUCCCCGUAGGACCGGAGGGAGCGGCAGCACCGGCGGGGUGGGUGCGUCGGGUUUGUCCGCGGUGGCGUCGCAGCAGCAGCGGUCGCAGUCGCUGUCGCAGCAGUCGUUCUCGCAGGGUGGUGGAGGAAGUGGCGGCGGGUCGUCGCUCCUGCACUCGCAGUCGCAGCUCUCGCAGGCGUCCCUCGACGAGAACCUCCUUAGCCUCCACCUCGCCUCGCCCGCGCGCGAUCAGAGAUUCGGGUUGCAUGACGACUCAUCAAAGAAGAUGCCUUCGUUUCCUGUCAAUUCAACAUCUUGCGUGCGAGAAGAAUCUCAGCUGCAACUGGCCAAACUAUCAAGCAACUCUGUCCAUCGGUGGAACCCUUCUCUUCCUGACAGUAGAUGUCAGUUUGCUAAUGAGGAUGUUGAGCGCAAAUUUCAGCAUUUGGCAAGUUCGGUGCAUAAGAUGGGAAUGGUACUAGAUUCGGUACAAAAUGAUGUUAUGCAGUUAAACAGAGCCAUGAAGGAAGCAUCACUAGAUUCUGGCAGUAUACAGCAAAAAGUUGUUCUCCUAGACAACUCACUGCAGAAAAUUCUUAAGGGACAAGAUGAUCUCAAAGCACUUGUUGAGAGCAGCACCAAAAGCAAUGCUGAUCAACUGAGUGUUCUGAACUCCCACUCCAGAAAACUGGAUGAGAUAUUCUCAACCCUUUCAGUCUGGCCAAAACAAAUAGAGGCAGAUUUAAGGCAACUCCAGAGUGACAUCUUCAGAAUUUUUACAAAAGAGAUGGAGGGGGUUGUUAGAGCUAUCAGAUCUCUCAACAGUAUGCCAUCUGCAACGCAAAUGCCAACGGAUCAGUGCUGCACAACCAACGGAAGGCCCCUGGUGAACCAACUACCAGUAGCAAAUGAAAGGCCCCAGGUGAACCAAGCACCAGUAGCAACUCUGGUGAGCCAAACACCAGUAGCAAAUGGAAGACCCUUGGUGAGCCAAACACCAGCAGCAAAUGGAAAAACCCUUAUGAGCCAAACACCAGUAGCAAAUGGAACACCCUUGAUGAGCCAAAUACCAGCAGUAAAUGGAAAACCCCUGAUGAGCCAAAUACAAGCAGCAAAUGGAAGACCCCUGAUGAGCCAAAAACCAGAAGCAAACGGAAGGCCCCAGAUGAACCAAAUACCUGUAGCAGGUGGACAGCCCCAUACGAACCAAGUACCAGCACCAAAAGUGCUUCCUGCACCUUUGUUUUUUCCUGCAAAGGUGGCAGAUCCGAAGCUGAAGGUAGAACAGGGAAAGGUGAAAGCGCUUCCACAAAAGUUGACUGGUUCUAGAACCAGGGUGACACCAAAACAGGAAGAGGUGCUGCCGAAUAGAAAGGUCACCCAGCAAGUGGCAACUAAGAAGGCACCACCAGUCAUGAUAAUCAUCGACUCUGAUGAUGACAGUGAUGGCCGUGCUUCGUGCGUGAUUCUGAAGACACAAACAGCUGACACGGAGUCCCACCUGCUGAAGGAAGCCACCGAGGAGAGCCUGCAGAUUCUGCGGAGGGCCAGGAAGAGGAGGAGGAGAGAAAUGCAGUCCAUUGUGCCCGCCUAAUCCAAGUCGUGACGCACUUUUUUACAUAAAUCAUCCACAUCGACCAUGGCCGAUUGUUGGACGUGACAAAGGCUACAUCACCAUCACCAAACAUCUAGCACCAACAAGGCUGGCGAAAGUCUAGCCAAGUGCCGACAAGGCCACGUCACUAUUCUAUUGACGGGCACACCAUUGCCAGGCACCAAAGAGACAAAGGUGACACAUUCGUUCACACUUGAUGAAGGUAGGCAUAAACAUGAUUGGGCACCAACGAGGCAAAAGUCAUCCUCUUCAUCCACAUUUUCUGUUCACAAGUUGGCGUGGCGAUGGCAUAGUUGUGACCGAGCUUCAGUGAAACAACAGCAACUCACACCUAUCACUACACCAUACUUGCAUAUGGCGAGCAGCACACUACAUGACGAUGACCCAAGCACAGUUUCAUCAGAGUUUUCCGCAGGCUUAUCAUGUAGAUGAAUUAACCCGUGGCGCCUAACAAGGCCCGGA